AUGUUCAGCGAAAAGCAACCCCUACAGCGAAGCAAUACAAAAUUUAGAAUAUUCAAAGGAGUCAUCCACAUUCUUAUUGCUGGAGCCCUCCUCAUAUACCUUUACAGGCUUUUUGAUACAGUUCCUGAGCCACAGCCUUCCGUGGGGGCGAUUCUUGAACCUGAGAGAUCGUCUCAGUUCCGUCUCAAGCAUGUGUUUCACCACGGAGCGGGUAAAUAUAAUAAGAUCCACCGUCGUUUGGACGUGACGCCUGAAGUGUUGGAAAAUCGCCAGUGGAAAGUCCAACAUACGCCGGAGAAACCGGUUGACCCAAACAACGCUGAUUCCGUGCUAGCAUCGGAGGAACCAUCCAAGCUCUUUAAAGAGAGAGACCCGUGGACAGCAGAACUCCAGAUCAAGACAGCAGAGAAACCAGCUCGGCUCAAGAGACUCAAGGAGCGUCACACACCGCAUUUUCUAGAUUCCUAUCUCCAAUACGCCAUGGAGGUCAAGGGCAACCCACAGAAGCUUAACCGAAUUGGGCUUGAGUGGGAGCCAGAGCAAGACGUUUUGCUUCCAGAUGUCGAAGACAAGGACUCGGUCGUGGCGCUUGCCCUUAUCUCUUCGAACGCUUACGUGAGAUUACCUUUGAGUGACGACGAGAAGGAUAAGCUGGACUGGAUAGACGUCGGCGAUCCGUGGGACGUGGACGAGGAGAACCCAGACAUUAACUUUGGCUGGCUUGAGGAUGGACUCAGAGGGCAUGUCUUUGUCAGCAAUGACUCUAAGACUGUGGUUAUUGGCAUAAAGGGCACAUCCGGAGCUGGUCUCCCGGGAGGAGGCUCGGACGAAACUUCGGGUAACGACAAGACCAACGACAAUCUUUUGUUCUCGUGCUGCUGUGCCAGAGUGGGGUACAUGUGGACUACGGUGUGUGACUGCUACGAAAAGACAUACACUUGCAACCAGGACUGUCUUGAGAAAGAGCUUCUACGCCAGGACAGGUACUACCAGGCAGCAUUGGAUUUGUACCGUAACGUGACCAAGUUGUACCCUCCUGAGGGCCACGACAUUUGGGUUACUGGGCAUUCGUUAGGUGGAGCUGUGGCUUCGCUUCUCGGUAGAACAUAUGGUCUUCCUGUUGUGGCCUUUGAAGCACCUGGCGAGAUGUUAGCCACCAAACGUCUUCAUCUUCCCCAACCCCCAGGAAUUCCUAAGCACAUGGAGCACAUCUGGCAUUUUGGCAAUACUGCUGAUCCUAUCUUUAUGGGCGUUUGCAACGGCGCCUCCUCGUCAUGCUCUGUGGCAGGGUAUGCAAUGGAAACCGCAUGCCACACGGGUAAGCUUUGUGUCUACGAUGUGGUUGGCGACCUAGGCUGGCAUGUCAAUUUGUUGAACCACCGUAUUCACACCGUCAUUGACGAAAUCAUCCUCAAGUACAACAAGACGGCUACGUGCGUGGAUCAGCCGCCGUGCCGAGACUGCUUCAACUGGCGAUACAUCAGUAAAGACGACAACGAGCCGGAUGAACCUAGACUUCCUCAUCCGCUCAAACCCAAACCACCAAAGUCAAGCUCCACACAGAGCUCGACGCCUACAGCUACUAGCACACCUACCGAAAGCGAAAAGCCCAAGAAGUGUCUUGAGCGGACGUGGUACGGCUGGUGCAAGAAGUGGGAAGGUGAUGAGGAUUAG